ACUGCUGAUGACGUCAUCGGCUUGCGACAUAGCCGCAGCGCUCUCGUAGCAUGUUGCGCUAACCUACAGUGCAAACAUUUGUUUCGAUUAAAGUAUUUUUGAGUGUGAAAGAGAUAUAAUGUCUUUAUACGACGAUCUGGGAGUCGCAACCAGCGACACCAAAACAGAAGGAUGGUCGAAAAACUUCAAACUGCUUCAGUCUCAACUGAAAGUGAAGAAAGCUGCACUGACACAAGCAAAGACUCAGAGGACGAGGCAGUCUAAUGUUUUGGCCCCAGUUAUUGAUCUAAAGAGAGGAAGUACAUCAGAUGACAGACAGAUCUCUGAUACACCUCCACACAUCGCUGCUGGAGUGAAGGACUCUGUGUCUGGUGGCUUUUCAUCGGGUGAGGUGCUGAUCCCAUUGGCUGAUGAGUAUGACCCCAUGUUCCCCAACGACUAUGAGAAAGUGGUUAAGAGACAUCGAGAGGAACGACAGAAACAGAGAGAACAGGAGCGACAGAAAGAGAUUGAGGAGAGAGAGAAGAAACGUAAAGAGAGGCAUGACGGAGGAGGUGGAGCUCCCAGUGGAUUUUCACGUUUCCCAACGGAGGGCGAUUCAGACGAGGAUGAAGAGUAUGAAAGAGAAAAGAGGAAGAGGAGUGUGGGUGGAGCUGCCAUUGCCCCUCCCACGUCACUGAUGGAGCAAAACUCAUCGUUCUCAUAUGAAGAUGAUGGUCGCCAGCGGUCGAAAGCAGCGAUACCACCUCCCGUGUUUGAGGAUUCUGACAGACCCCGAUCUCCACCGGGACCCACCAAUACAUUCCUGGCCAACAUGGGGGGUACAGUGGCUCAUAAAAUCAUGCAGAAGUAUGGAUUCCGGGAAGGGCAGGGCCUGGGGAAACAUGAGCAAGGUUUGAGCACAGCGCUCUCGGUGGAGAAAACCAGCAAGCGGGGGGGAAAAAUCAUUGUUGGAGACUCGGCAGAAAAGACGGCAGGAUCAAGUCAGAAUGUGGUUGAUCCACACGGAUCAGGGGCAUCAGCGGACGCAUCAAAGAAAAACGAAGCCAACCCCCUUACAGAGAUUCUCAAGUGUCCUACCAAAGUGGUGUUGCUGCGGAACAUGGUUGGAAGGGGAGAGGUGGAUGAAGACCUUGAAGCCGAGACUAAAGAAGAGUGCGAAAAAUAUGGCAAGGUUAUCAAGUGUGUCAUCUUUGAGAUCGCCGGUGUGUUAGAGGAGGAGGCCGUCCGCAUUUUCCUGGAGUUUGAGCGGGUCGAAUCGGCCAUUAAAGCUGUGGUGGAUCUGAAUGGGCGAUACUUUGGAGGUCGGGUGGUAAAGGCCUGCUUUUAUAAUUUGGAUAAAUUCCGCAUUUUAAAUUUGGGUGAACAGGUGUGAGUGGGAAAUAUAGAUUAGCACUACCAGGAAAGAAACGGGAGGAAAUAAUGCGACUGUCUGUAAAUAGCAUGAAUAAUUUUAUACACCUUUGUGAGUGAUUUCAUCUGUUGUCUCAGAUACAGAUCUGUGAAUCAAUUUGUCUCAAUUUGUCAGUUAAAACUAGCUCAUUUUGUCCUUGUGAAUAAGAUGUACUGUGAUGAAACAACCCAAAAAUAAAAGGUGCUUUUGGGAGAAGAAUGAUUUCUAAAGCUGGUGUGUAAUUUUUCA